AUGACAAAGUCACAAAGCCAUGAUUUCGCGUACUUGCCUAGCGACAUCUUUUGGAUGAUCCUAGUCUAUUUGGGAGCCACUGAUAUUGUUCGAUGUCGUCGCGUCUCCCGCGCCUGGAAUACCGCGCUCAGCAAUCCAGCCAUUCUGGUCCCAUUCUUGAAAAGGGAAUUUCCAUGGAUAUCGGAAGUCAAGAAAUUGAACGCGGGCUCAAGUCUUGAAGAUCAAGGUCCAGUCCUUGAGCUGUUCGAUCGAGUGGCUUCUCGAUGUCAUUUCCUAGAGCGAGGGAAACCCCGCUCUGUUCGAAAGUUGCGACUAUGCGACGAUUUCGGCAGCACUGGAGACCGCGAGUGGUACCAGGUGCAGCCAUGGGACUCUCAUACCAGCCAGAAACGAAUAUUCGUCGAUCGGCAGUUUUCGGAAGCUUUAUGGACUGUGGAAGACGGCUUGCUGGUCUAUCCUAGCGCCGAUCACCAGUGUCUCGUGCUGAGGGAUUUGGAAUCGGACCGCCAGUUUAUGGUGCCGUUCAUCAUCACCGGCAGGGUCAUUCGCCGCGUCCGUCUGGCGAAACGAUUACUGGUAAUCGAAUGGGCCGAGCCGAAGGCCUUCCACUGGUUGAAUGAGAGCGACGGCGUGCAUCGCCACUUCGCGUCUUCCUUUGAUGUCUCGAGCAAUGCAACCAGUGGCUGGAGCAUCACACCGCGGAAUGAGUGGAAGAUCAUGUUUUUGGGUCAUCCUUUGAGCGAACGAGAUCGCUUCUUCUCUGCCCAUAACAACACCCACUACGUGAUCUAUAUCUGGCAGCCCAACCGCAGUCUCUACACGGCAGACGAAGAUGCGCCUAUUGAGUCUUUGUUUGUUUGGGACAUCUCCGACGAAUCAUCCUAUCGCCCAUCAUUAGACCCCACGGGGCGAUUAAGAGAGGGUUCCCCGGAUGAGACACCGCACAUCGUUUCACGAUUCAGCUUCCGGGAUCUUGAAUUCUUUGGUGUUCGUCAACGAGGCUGUCCCAGUAUUCAGAAACUGAGUAUCACGGACGAUUCAGGGGCAAUCGAAAUCACCGAAAGUAGAUUUUCUCUCGUGACUCCGUCUGAACACUUGACCUCUUCUGGGUCCAUCACCACGAGCAUCCCCUUGACUGGACAUGGGCCCCAUCGGCGACGGGAUUGUGAGGGUGAGCUACCCCCAUAUCGAGGACACCGCAGCCUAAAUGCCGAAAUUAUCAACCCGGACAGCAUGAUACCCAAUCCAUUAUACGACAUGAUUGACCAUGUCACCGGUGGGGAGGUCAGUUUUUGCCUUGAUUCAGAUCCCGAGCGGGCUGCGGACGAGGGUUACCGCUUGACUAUUCAGACCCCUCGAUCCUGCUCCACCGAUGAUCAUAACGUGGAUUUCACGCGGGGGAAGCUUGCAGGCAGUGAGAGAUACCUGGUGGGUGAGAAUUGCAAUCGGGAGGUGGUCGUAUACGAGUUUGAUAAAUAG